CCACCACCACCACCAUGAACGACCGACGCCGCACCAAUGCCCCCAGCGGCGGCACCAGCGCUCCUGUCUUCGCCCCUGCCCUCCCCAACUAUUCCGGCCCGCGCCCUCAGCGCCCCGUCCGCAGUCGCGCGCCCAACGAGCUGCGCAAGAUCUUCCUCCAAACCGGCAUGACGCCCUCGGCCUCGGGCUCUGCGUACCUCGAGCUCCCACCCCCGGCCAACUCGCCCACCUCGCUGGCCUUCCGCGCCGCCGGCCUCAAGCUCUCCUGCACAGUGCACGGCCCACACCCACUGCCGCGCUCCGCGCCCUUCACGCCAUACCUGCACCUGAGCGCAUCCCUCAAAUUCGCGCCCUUUGCCGCGCACGCCCGCCGGGGCUACGUGCGCGACGCCGCGGAGCGCGACCUCGGCCAGCACCUGGAAGCCGCGCUGCGGGGGAUCGUGCUGGGGGAGCGGUGGCCCAAGAGCGGCGUCGACGUCGUCGUAACCGUGCUGGAAGCCGAAGAGGACGCCUGGCUCGGCAGCGCUGUCGAGGCCAGCACGGGCGCCGCGCGUGCCCAGGGCCAGGGCUGGGCCGCUAUGAACGUGCUCGCGGCGUGCGUCACGGCCGCUAGCGCAGCCAUGGCCGACGCGGGCAUCGACUGCGUCGACCUUGCGGCGGGCGGCAUGGCGGCCUUGGUCCACGACGACAACAACAACAACGGCGUCCUCGUCCUCGACCCCUCCCCCGCUGAACACCGCGCCCUGCGCGCCGCCUGCGCCGUAGCAUACCUCCCCGGCCGCGACGAGAUCACGGAACUCUGGCUCAAGGGCGACGCAGGCGAGCAUGGCGACGCGCUCGUGGAGAAGGCGGUUGAGGCCGCGGUGGGCGCGCAGGCCGUGCUCGCCGAGGCGGUGCGCGAGGCUGCGGCGCGCAAGUUCCCGGCCGAAGCGGCGGCGGGGGGAAAGGUUGGAGGUGCUGGUGCUGCGGAUGUGGAGAUGGUGGCGGCGUAGGGAUAUGCCAUUCAUUGUGCGUGGAGAAGCGGUGCGACGCGAGCAGAACAUUGCUUCCAAAAGCAGGGGCAUGGCAUGGCGCAAGGCUCACCUUCAGGGAAGGGUCAGAAAAAAAGGACACAGCAGUCCGUUGCAUAGCGUAGGCGUUAAGGACAUCACAUUCAAGCACACACGGGCAACGAACGAGAGGAGAACAGCCCAUCGUCGUGGGAAAAGUAGUCAUUUUAAAGGAAAUACAAAAGUCAUGAAUAC